AUGUCAGGUAAAGUGGAGAGCACCUUGAUGUUCAUGGUGGCUGGAGUGUUUUCAGUAGGGAUCUUAGGAAAUGCAUUCAUUGGGUUGGUAAACUGCGUGGACUGGAUCAAGAACAGGAAGAUCAUCUCCAUUGAUUUAAUCCUCACAAGUCUGGCCCUAUCCAGAAUUGGUCUGUUGUGUAUACUACUACUAGAUUGUUUUAUAUUGGUGCUGUACCCAGAUGUCUAUACCACCAGUAAACAAAUGAUAAUUAUUGACUUCUUCUGGACACUAACUAACCAUUUAAGCAUCUCUUAUGCCACCUGCCUCAGUGUCUUCUAUUUCCUCAAGAUAGCUCAUUUUUCCCAUCCCCUUUUCCUCUGGAUGAAGUGGAGAAUCGACAAGGUGACUCUCAGGAUCCUGCUGGGGUGCUUGGCCCUCUCUAUGUUUGUUAGCCUUCCGGUCACUCAGAAUUUCAAUGAUGACUUCAGGCUUUGUGUCAAGGCAAGGUGGAAGAGAAACUUAACUUUGAAAUGCAGAGACAAUAAAGCCCAAUAUGCUUCCACCAAGAUUCUUCUCAACCUGUUCACGCUGUUCCCCUUUUCCGUGUCCCUGAUCUCAUUUCUCCUCUUGAUCCUCUCCCUGUGGAGACACACCAGGCAGCUGCAGCUCAGCGCCACAGGGUACAGAGACCCCAGCACAGCAGCUCACGUGGGAGCCAUGAAAGCCCUCGUCUCCUUCCUCCUCCUCUUCUUCGUCUACUAUUUGGCCUUUCUUGUAGCCACCUCCAGCUACUUUAUGCCAGAGACUGAAAUAGCUGUGAUCCUUGGUGAGUUGAUAGCUCUAAUCUAUCCCACAAGCCACUCAUAUAUCCUAAUUCUGGGGAACAAUAAAUUAAGGCUGGCAUCUCAAAGGGUGCUGCGGAAAGUAAAGUAUAUCCUACAAACAAGAAAAUUCUAA